AAUGAUAGGUGGCACGGAUUGGCAGCACUGAUAGGUGGCACUGAUUGGCAUUGAUAGGUGGCACUGACUGGCACUGAUGGGUGGCACUGAAAGGCAGCUCAGAUAGCACUGAUAUGUGGCAUUGAUGUGCACUGGUAGGUGGCACUGCUGGGGCUACACUGAUCAUCAGGGCACACUGAUCAUCAGUGCCCUGAUGAUCAAUGUACAUGUCCCCUCCGCAGAAUCUCGAGAGGAGAUAAAUGCAGAUAACCGGCAUUUGCCUGUUUACAUGUGAUCAGCUGUGAUUGGAUACAGCUGAUCACAUGACCGAGCCGACAUAUUCGGC